GAACCGGAUGUGGCACCCAAACCAAACAUGGCACCUGUUUCAGACGUGGCACCUGCAGCGGACGUAGCACCUGGAGCAGACGUGGCACCCGGAGCGAACGUAGCACUUGAAGCGAACGUAGCACCCGAAGCGAACGUGUCACCUGCAGCGGACGUAGCACCAAAACCAAACAUGGCACCUGAUUCAGACGUAGCACCUGGAGCAGACGUAGCACCUGGAGCGGACGUAGCACCUGAAGCGAACGUGGCACCUGGAGUGGACAUAGCACCUGAAGCGCACGUGUCACCUGCUGCGGACGUAGCACCACCUGAAGCGAACGUGGCACCUGAUUCAGACGUGGCACCUCCAGCGGACGUGGCACCCGGAGCGGACGUAACGACCGACUCGGCGAAGGAGCCACGGGGCUCCCCGGACGCUGCGGGGGGCGACGUGUUGGUGCUAUUCAGCAUGCGCGUCACCAACAUGCGCUUCAGCGAGGCGCUCUUCGACAGGGAGUCCGUCGAGUACAGGGACCUCGAGAAGAAGUUCCUGGACCUGCUGGUGCCCUACAUCGGCGCCAACUUGGAGGGCUUCAAGCAGCUGGAGAUCGUGCGCUUCGAGCGUGGCAGCGUGGUGGUGCGCAGCCGCGUCACGCUGGCGCGGGGGGCGACCGUGCGCCUUCGCCGCCACCGCCACGGCGCCGGCGCCGGUGACGGUGACGCCGGUGACGCCGGUAACGCUGGUGACGCCGGUGCAGCCGCCACGCCGCGUGCCACCCUGCUGUGCCUGCUGCGGGAGCUGUGCAGCGCCGCGCCGGCGAGCGCCGACAUCAACAUCGACCGCAACUCGCUCGACGUGGGCGGCGAUGACGACGGAGGAGACACAGGAACAGAGCCGGAGGAGCCGGAGGAGGCGUGCCGUCUCGUGCGGUGCGACGAGACGUCGCGGUGCCGCGUGAGCGCCGACGGCCGCACCGCCCGGUGCGAGUGCCGGCCGGGCUACGUGGCGGUGCCGGCGGUGGAUGUCGGCGGUGGACCCCCGUGCCAGAGGGAGUGCCCGGAGAACUCGUGCGCCGCCAGAAGCCGCUAGCCAUGCCGGUGACCCCUACUGCCGCCGUGGUGGCGACGGUGGCGGCGGUGGCAGCGGCGGUGACGGUGGCGGCGGUGGCGGCGGCGCUGGCGGUGGCGGUGACAGCGGUGGCGAACGUGACGGGGGAGCCACCGAGCGUGACGAUGACCACAACCGGCGCGCGACGGACCGUGACGAGACGAACUCGGGUCGCGGACCGACAUUGUUCGCUAGAGCCGGGAGACCACCACCAACGCGGCAAAUUGCCCGUCCGUUGUGGCUAUAUACAAAACAAAUUGAGUUCACUGAUUGGCUGAGCUGAGAAUACUGGGGGUCAGUGAGCGGGGAGCGGGUGCCCCCCCCACCACCAAUGUCAACGACUCGGCGUGACGAUCUCUCCUCUCUCACCUCUUUACUCACCUCUUUCCUAACCUCUCUCACCUCUCCUCACUCUCAAAUCUCUCCUCUCUCUCCUAACCUCUCUCUCCACUCUCACCUCUCUCACCCCUCGCUCCCCUCUCUCUCCUCACUCCCCUCCACUCUCCCUCCUCUCCCCUCCGCUGACGCCGGGCCGAACUCCUCCGUUGCGCGUCGCCGCGAGAUGAAACGAAACCCCGAAUUAAGCGCGAAACGCAUGAAAAAUGCAACGCGGCUUCGUACCCUUUCGGGCGACAAUACGAGGAGGCUGUUGAAGUCGUUCAAACGCCAAAUUGGACGCCGCGCAAAAAAGCAUGGGUCCCUCGUAGAUGGAAGCGAUUAACGCUUUCAUAUAUAAAUUCCCUUUGUGCUGCUCGCCUUGUCGGCCAUUGUACUCUGACGUCGGUGGUGACGCGAGGCCGUAGCUCUGCUGUGGGCCAAUCGGUUUCAAAGGCAGUGCGUGACGUCAUUGUCAGAGCACGUUCGUUUGCAUGUUGUGGCACAAGCAUGGUGUGUGUGGCUAAUGCGGACUUCUUGAUGAUGCCGUGUAAGUGACAAUAGCUGUUUGAACAUCUCUCGUGUUAACUUUGUCACGUUGUGCUUAGUUUUGAUUGUACUUUCCCGACACCUCCGAUAAGCAUGGUUGGCUACGUACGGUGCGAAAGAAGUUCAACGUAUACACAUAGACUCCAAGGCCGUAAUUAUAAUAGAAAUUGGGGGGGGGGACAUCCCCCCCAAUAUUCAAAUAUGCUCAAAAUGUCCCCCCCCCCCCAAUAUAUUGCUAUAAAAAUAAAGAAUUGCUAUGCUGUGUAAAUAAAAAUAACAAUUUGCUAAAACUUGGCCAAAAUAUCUGGACUUGUCUUCAUAGAAAUCAAUACAUAGAUUUCUGUUUAUAGGAUUGUGGUUAUAGUUAUAUUUUAUUAAUCCAUAAUCUCUGCCAUUACAUUCAAUGAUUGAAGAAAUGUUUAAAAAGUAAAAACAGAGCAAUGUAAUACAAUACACUAUUAGACAUUAUUGUCAAAAUAAAUAAAAAGUCCAUCCCAUGUGUUAGUGACUUUUUAAA